AUGGAUUUAUCAUUAUUGGAAUUCUCAAUUGAUUUUGAAGGUCAAAAAUUGGUUGAUUCAAUUAUCUCUAUUUUAUCUUACAUUUCAAUCCCAAUUAGUUUUCUUAUUGGUUUUUCAACUGGCUCAGUUGUUAAUUUAGUUAUUUCAUUUGCUAGUUUUAUCAUCUUAUCUUGGUUAAUUGUUUUACCAGCUUGGCCUAAAUAUAAUCAAAAUCCAAGUAAUUGGCAACAAGUCAAAUAUGAAUUUUAA